GAAACCCCCCCUUUGCCGGUGUGGUACGUAUGGUUGCUUCCCGAUCGACCUCCAGCUCUGUGUUAUUCACUCAGCGGAAGGUCCGAACAAGAUACCCCAACUUAGCAUUGAAUUACCUCUAAAAUUGAUUCUUUUACAAUUACACUUACACUAACACGGAAUCUUAUCACGUAUCUCAAACCACUGGGAAUUACCCGAUUGAUUGGUUAGAAGUGCCAAGUUUGAGACAAUUGAUUAAAGUGACGUCACCGAUCUCAUAUAAUAUCUAGCAUCGAUCCUUUGGAUCAGGUAGGUAAAAACUCAACGUACAAGAAUCUAACUCAGCGAUAAGAGAGAGUGAAUGCGGAUUACAACUGGGCUCAAAUGCGCAUCGAUUAACCCACAUAUAUCACAUCUAUUUAGGAAAGCGACGACAAUGGCUUCAAGGGUCGAUUCAGCCAUCCUCGAAGCUCUAGGUUUAGACCCUAAAGUCACCAAGAUAGCUUCACACGGCGGCUCCGGCUUCGCCUCAACCUUCAAAUUGAGCUCAACAGUAAAUGGGAAAGAGAUGAACUAUUUCGUCAAGACCGGAACAGGGGCAGAUUCUGAACUUAUGUUCAAAGGAGAGCACGCCUCCCUCAACGCAAUCCACAACGUAGUCCCAAACCUAUGCCCCAAAUCCCACGCCAACGGGGCCUGCCAAGAGAACCCCAACCGGUUCUUCCUCGCCACGGACUUCCUCGAGCUCGGGUCCUCGCGGCCGGGCGGCUCCGGCGACUCCCUCGCCAAGAAGCUCGCGAAGCUGCACACGACGCCAGCCCCUAUCCCCGAGGGCUUCGACCGCCCCAUGUUCGGGUUCCCCGUGACCACGUGCUGCGGGUCGUCGCCGCAGGACAACGGCUGGAAGAGCAGCUGGGCCGACUUCUACGCGAACAACCGGCUCCGGACUAUCUUGAAGCAGGGCGUGAGGUCCAACGGCGCGGACCCGGAGCUGGCGAGCGCGGUGGAGAGGACGGCGAGUACGGUCGUGCCGAGGCUGAUUGGUGACGAGCAUGUUAAGGGCGUGUACCCCGUUGUCGUGCACGGCGAUCUGUGGAGUGGGAAUCAUGGGCGCGGACGGAUCGCGGGGGAGGGUGGGGUUGAGGAGGUUGUGUUUGAUCCGUCGGCUGUUUACGGACACUCGGAGUACGAGUUAGGGAUCAUGCGCAUGUUUGGCGGGUUUGGGGGAGGGUUUUGGAAGGAGUAUGAGAGCUUGGUGCCGAAGGCGGAGCCUAAGGAGGAAUGGGAGGAUAGAGUCGCGCUUUAUGAGUUAUAUCAUCACUUGAAUCACUGGGCGUUGUUUGGUGGGGGCUAUAGGAGCGGAGCGAUGUCAAUCAUGAAGAAGCUAAACGCAAAAUAUGGACGAUGAAUGAUUCAUCUGUUUAGCCCCUUUUUUACGCACGACUACUCUAUACAUUUACGGAAAGCUCAUUCUAAGCUUUAAUUAGAAUUUGAGAGGUAGUACCUACCCGAGGAGAUAAUUAAUGAAGAUGCUGCUUCUAGAAGAACGCAAGACGCUGUGAAAAUAUAAUACUCCUUCUCAAUUUGAUCUCCAUAUCGAAAUUCAUUCUAUCGCCUCCCAAAGCCAUAUAACCUUGUCUAGCGUAGUAGCGACAGUAUCAAGCGUAACAUGAAUGAGACCAUCGGCAACUAGCUGACUCAGCCCGGGCCGAUCCGACUUAAGUCCUCCGCCCGUCGAUAGCGCAAUUGCAUCAUCUCCACCUU